AAAAUGGCUUCGAUAGUUCGCAACAUCAUCGGCAUCAUAGGAAAUGUAAUCUCCUUUGGUUUGUUCUUCUCACCAGCACCAACUUUCUAUACAAUUAUAAAGAAGAAGUCAGUGGAGGAGUUCAAGCCUGAUCCUUACAUAGCUACGGUGUUGAAUUGUGCGUUUUGGGUGUUCUAUGGAAUGCCUUUUGUGCAUCCUCAUAGCCUUUUAGUCGUCACCAUCAAUAGCAUUGGGCUUGUGUUCGAGUUUGUAUACCUUGCCAUAUUUUUAACCUAUGCAACCACCAAAGGACGAAAGAAGGUGCUGCUUUAUCUUAUCAUUGAGGUUAUUUUCUUUGCUGCCAUUGUUCUUGUAACAAUGUUGGCAUUGCAUGGCACUACCCGAAGGUCAUUAAUAGUUGGUGUUGUGUGUGAUGUCUUCAAUGUCAUGAUGUAUAUCUCUCCUCUUACAAUCAUGGCAAAGGUUAUAAAAACAAAGAGUGUGAAAUACAUGCCAUUUUGGCUCUCUCUGACCAACUUCCUAAAUGGGUUAUGUUGGACAUCAUAUGCUCUCAUCUACCCUUUCGACCUCUAUGUUCUGAUCAGUAAUAGCAUUGGAGCAGUCUCUGGACUUGCUCAACUCAUACUAUACGUUUGCUAUUGUCAUAGAGGAGAAAGCAAUGUUGAUAAUGAUGAUGUCAAGAAGUCAAAUGAGCUUCAUCUCACCACAAUUAAUGGAUCAUGUUCUAUUCCUAAAUACAAGCUUCAUUAG